GUUAUGGCGCGUCGCGGCGCAUUUCAACUCGCAUCCUCGUUGUCUCGUAUGAGUUUUUGACGCGAGCAGUUGUUUCGAAAGUGUCGUGAAGUGCUGAAAGUGAAGUGUCGUGCCGGAUGCGUAGUGCGAAGUCGUGUCGCGUUUCAUCGUGUUUCGCAUCUUCUCCGUUGCCUGGUAUCUCGAGUUUCCGACGCGCGUGAGCACCAGAAGGGUUUCGAGAAUUCCGAAAACGAAGGAUCGCGCGUUCGUGUCAGGUGUGAAUCAAGACGAAUGGUCGUGAGGAGGAUUUUGGAUCUUCCGUGUCUCUCAGACGGCAAUGGUCGGUCGGUUGUGAUGGUACAAAGUCGCGUUGCGCGUUUAAUUGCGUCUUCUUCGUUGCUCCGUAUCUCAUAUCUCGAGUUUUUGACGGAUGUGAGUACUAGGAGGGUCGAAAGCGGAAUAUCGCGUGUUCGUGCCAAGUGUGAAUCAAGACGAAUCAUCAUGAGAAGGAUCUUGGACUGACUCGAACAUUUGAGAGCUGUGGCCAAGACCAUGAGACGGAGCUAGAGAAAGCGACCAACAGCGAACGGUGAGUCAAUUUGUAUCUAUUGUUUAUUCGUUCCUACAAUUCAGUAUUCGCUUUUCGUCCUCAUUGCAUUUGCGUAAAUUAUCAUUGGUACAGUGUGACGAAUUAGUCGCGCGAAAGCCAUUAGGAUAGAAAAAAAAUUUGAAAUUCGUGUAUGUACGCGAGCUCAGCGCUCCCUACGCCGCGGUUGACGUGCUUUCCGAGAUCUAACCUAUACAUGUUCCUCUCUGUACACAUACAUUAGCAUCGUAGUAUAUGGUUACACUCAGGCUUCUAAGAAGCUUCCAUAGGAAAGAGGCGUGCAAACAAAUUCUAGAAAACAAUGCUCUUGAUGGAUUUUGCAAAGGAUUAAUACUCGCAUGGGAAUUAUACAAUAAUCCAGAGGAUAUUAUGUUAUUUAUUGUUGAAGAUGUGACUUAUAAUAUAAGUGAUUAAAGGUUUCAUGAGUUCCAAAUUUGUCAAUUAUGUCCAAAAGUUAAGAUUAUUAAAAAAAGUUUAACUAGUUUAGCAUCGGAAGGAGUAAAAUUGGACCCAAAUAAAGAAUUAAUUGUUUCAAAUAUGGUAGUAACUGUAGUUUAGUACUGUUCUGGUUACGAACUUGAAGCUCUUUCUACAGAAAAAGAGUGCGACAUUAGAUUGCUAAUAGAAUGUUCGUGUGCAAUAAAAUGUCCAUCAGUACAGUAUCAUUUAGCAAGUACUAAGAAAGUAUAACAAUCUUUAGCUCAGCGUAGUGUAUUGAAAAAGUUUCUAAAAGAUGAUGUAUCUGUUUCUAAAGUGCAAGAAAUAUUUACUGGUCUAUAUACGUUAGAUUUUAAUAAUGAUGGAGAAAAAGCAAUGAAAAUGAGUAUAAAUAAACCAAACAAGUUUGUUCUUAAACCAAGGGAAGGAGGAUGGAAUAACGUGUAUAAUGAGAAUAUAAGAACGUGGUUGAAUACGAUGAAAGAAUCUGUUUGGUGUGUGCUAUUGAAGUUGCCAUUAGAAGACAGCAUUAAUCUAUUAGAUGUUAUAACAGAAUUUGAUAUAUAUGGUGUGAUAGUGGAGUAAGCGAAUUGAUUUGCAUUUUAAUAAUCAUCUUAUUAAUAAUUUUGUUUUAUGUCAAGAAGUAAUGAGUUAUAAGAAAUAGAGAGUUAAAUAAAAAUUAUAAAAAUAA